AGUUGAAUUAUUGACUUGAUGUUCAGCAACUAGUGAGAUUUGUGAUUCUUAUAGCAGAAGCUUAACUUGUCUUCCAAUCGCUGGUGCAUUUCAGUAAAAUUCUAGUGUACAAAUUUAGAUCUUUCACGAUAUUAUCGUUGUUACUACUCCAGCAGUCUGGUAAAAUUGUCUACUUUUGAUAUGCAUGGUUAUUGAACGCGUUUGAAAGCAAGCCGAGCAUGGCUAGCUGUGUUAGAAAACUAAAGACAGCAGUGCAAAUCGUAGCCAUCGCGAUGAUAGUCGACGAUAAUUAUUCUGAUUUGCCUUUGUCGCCGUCGUAGCACACUUUACCGCGUGCAUCGUGAAUUGAAACGCCACAUUGUUUUUCCGCAGUGCCUUGUUAGGUUAAGAUGGAAAACGAAAAGGGAAAGGAAAUUGCUCUGAAUUGCAACGUUAUCACGGACGAUGAAAAGGGUCGAGAGCGCACCGCACCCGAUGGGGGUCCAAGAGCUUGGCUUAUUAUGUUAGCUUCUUUUUUUAGUAGUGGCGUUCUCUUUGGAGUAAUUAAUUCUUAUUCAGUGUUUCAAACAAAAAUAUCAAAUUACUUGGAAAUAUCACAAAAUGAUACCGCAGCCGCUAGCAAAGCAGCUCUGGUGGGAUCGCUUGCAAUGGGAACUACAUUCAUAGUAUCCCCAAUUUCGGGAAUGCUCACCGACUGUAUCGGAAUUAGGAGAACGACAUUCAUAGGUGGGGCUCUGUCGUCAGGAGGCAUGCUCCUUUCUUCGUUUUUCGCUUACAAUGUAGACGUUCUGUACCUGACUUACGGUAUAAUGUACGGCCUUGGGGGUGCUCUAACUUACACCCCAUCGUUAGCAAUUCUCGGACAUUAUUUCGAUAAGCGCGUGGGUCUCGCAAAUGGAAUCGUCUCGGCAGGUAGUUCGGUAUUCACAAUGUUCAUGCCACAUCUUCUUCGUUGGUUGCUGGUCAACUAUGAUCUCCCGUGGACACUAAGAGUCCUUGCAGCGCUGAGCGCAAUAAUCUUGCCGUGUUCAUUCCUCUUCAAACCCCUGAACAAAAAACCCAAAAAAACAAAAUCCGAAUGGAAGAAAGUCCUCGACGUUUCAAUUUGGAAGAAUAAAAAAUACUUAGUGUGGAUCACAUUCGUGCCAUUCUCUCUAAUCGGUUAUUUUGUUCCUUACGUUCACGUAGAUAAGUUCGUUGAAAAAUAUUAUCCCCCGGGUUCAGACGGUCAGUUUGUAAUUGUCUGCCUCAGUAUCACUUCGCUGUUGGGCCGUUUGAUUUUCGGCUACAUCGGUGACCAUAAAAAGGUCGACAGGAUAUUCUUGCAACAACUUUCCAUUUUCAGCAUGGGCGUGUUGACCAUGUUGUUCCCAGCUACAAUACAAUCGUAUGGAAGCCUGUUGGCGGUUGCUUUGUGUAUGGGAUUUUUCGAUGGGUGCUUCAUUUCCCUUUUGGGUUCGAUCGCUAUCGACAUUUGCGGGCCUAAAAGUGGCGCUCAAGCCAUUGGAUGUCUUCUAGGAUUCUGUUCUAUUCCUUUAAUGAUUGGACCGUAUAUAGCAGGAGUCUUCUUCGAUAAUACCAAAUCGUACAUUCUCGCUUUCGUUUUGGCUGGCGUACCUGGCAUUAUAGGAUCGAUUGGGUUGUUCUUAAUACGAUACGUUGAUGCGCCGAAAGUCGAAGAAGAUCUAACUCAAGAACCUUUGCAACGAUUUGAGAAGAACCUGAUCGAAGCGAAAAAUCUCAUCAAUAGCAAAGAAGAGUUAAAUGGUCACUGUCGAAUAACUGAACCCUAAUUCCAUUUAUUUUACAAUAGAAGAGACAACAAAUUUAUUAUUU